GAUGUCGCCAUCAACAUCUGCGAUGCAAAGCACGUGCGGGCUGUUCCGUGAAAAACAAUUAUCGAUCUCUGCUCCGCGCUCCAAUCAGCGCCGCUCUGUGUUCACGUCACGUGACAUGUUUGCAUUACAGCCAGACUUUCUAAAGUGUACAAAAGCCUAGUCCUGCAAGAGAUUUUGUAAAAAGCUGAAUUGAAUCUUUCUUGCUGUGGGUUGUGACAGCUGCACCAGCUCACCCAGUGAUGACAGACAGCUUUCUUCCAGCUGCAGGCGGCCGUCUGGCCCCCGACGACAGUGCGCAUGUCUUCAAUGCUUUGCCAUACACUGGGGGAGAAUAACUGUCUUUCUUUUUGCCACAGGGUCGUCAGUGUGACUGCAGAGGGAGGUAACAGACCGGAAAUGCUGACUUUACACUGUGUCAUCGUUUUUAUUUUGGUUGGCUGCUCCUGGCCAUGUUGUGACCCCUUGGCUAUCAGCCCUGACUCCUCUCAGUCUUCCAUGGAUCCCUCCUCCGGCUUCACGUCAAGAGUGACGGAAGUGACGACAGAGAUGCGAUCCGUUAAUGUCAGCAAGAUGGCGGACAGUGUAACAGAGAGACAAAGGGCUGGAGCCAGCAGUGGGACUCCGCCAGUUCCAGACAAGCCGUGUGCAAAGACUGCGUCCAGUGACAACUGCUCUUCUGCCAGGAGAGAAGUCCCCGAUGGACUGGUGGAACCUACUGCCAUAAGCAUUGUUUCCGAGCAAAUGAGCAGCGACAGUUUCCAAGACGAGAACGAAGAUAACAACAGUGAAAAACAUAGGUCCAUGGGGACAAACGCCGCAUCCAUGACUACUGAAUGGUUCCUUCCCAAGACCGCGGUCAGAGCAAGUUUGUCGUCGCAGUGGUCGUUGCUGACCUCAAAGCUUCUAGAAAUGGACGCAGCAGCAGCAGCAGCAACAACAAAACAACAACAACAACAACAACAACAACAACAACACAAGGGAACGUCCCCGACAGUGAGAACCACAUUCAGAUCUGAAACACCAGCAGUCGGCGGCAAGAGAAAGGCAAAGGGGAGCAAACCACAAAGGCCCAAAGCAGCAGGGGAGGCGAGCGGUACGAGGACCAAACAACUGAGCGGAAAACAGAUGGAGUACCUGGCCAGACACUUCACAGGCUUUGUUCAGAACGUCUGGCUGGCAAACCCCACUCCCAGAGCUCCAGGUCCCAUAGAUGAUGGUCCUUUCGGGAGCAUUCUUUGGCAGGACAAGAAGUAUCUGCUCAGCGUCCUCAUCCCCAUCGCGGUGGGCUUUGCAGGCGCCAUGCUCAUCAUCGUCAUGGCCUACGUCUCGCGCGCAUACCGGAAGCGGAAGGACAGAACCAUCAUCACCGGCGCACCGCGCUCCUUCCUCGAAGCAGCAACCUCAAAGGCAGACGACAUGGCGCCUCUCCAGGAGUCCUCGGACGACGAGUUCUGACUUCCGACUAAGGGUCACGUGCCGGACGCCGCCCGUGACCUUCUGGUGAUACAGUGCAGCCGCCUCCUUCCUAGACGUAGCAGCACCUCGUCUUUCUUCUCCUUCUCCACCAUUUGAGUGCAGGGAGGCGGCGUGUAGUUGGCAGCACCGAGGGUGUGAUGUGCGAGUGUAUGUUGAGGUGACUACUGGUGACAGGACUUGGCCAAGCUCGCCCUACGUCAAGUUCUAACUUCAUUUGAAAACCAAACAGGCUUGCUUGCUGUCACUGUACUAGAACUUUGAAACAUUAACUAGCAUUCCUGUCACUGGAUUUGGUUGUUUAUCUCUAGACUUGAUAACCAGUCCAGCGCUGUAAGUCACUGACUAGUCUCGGCAGGGAGGGGAUGGGAGGGGAAAGGAGAGGAAAGGACGGAGGGAAUCGCUGGGGUGGUGUCACCAGACUUCUUCUGGUGUCGCGUGACAAACGGAAGGACACCCAAGCGACUGAUGCCCGUCACCAAACCACUGGAUCGGAAAACAGCAACCGCAGUGGCAAUGGUGUAACCAAAACAGGAUGCUCGUGCAUCCUCCACUCAUGGCUGUAACAUCAACCCUUCACUCAUGAUGUGUUCUCGAGCCGCGGUCAGGGGAAGACGGUGCUGGACCCUCAGCCUCUCAAAGGGCGCACAUACAGCUGUGCCAGAAGUUUAUGACCAAAGGGGGGGGGGGGAAAGAGGUGGACCUUACCACCCAACUGUGGGCGAAAGGAAACGACCUCCGCCCCCGCUGCCUGCUUGUGGUCCCUCAGCAAGAGGAUCCCACCACAGACGUGGCGCCAUGUUUGGUACACGGGCUAACCCUGCCAGCCAUUUAUGUCCACGCCUUCCUGUCAGGACUACUUCUCUUUUAUGUUCAAAAGUCAUUGUAAAUAAUAUGAGGCAUACAAUUAGUAAAUAGUUCAUUUUGUGUGCUUGCUGUAGAGCAGACAUUUGUGUAGCUAUCUGUGCAGUUGCAAAGUUGUUCAACAUCAGUUACAAAGAUUUCUGUUUACUUAAAAGUGGAAGUGGAACCGAAAGAUAUGUGCGUUUGAUAUGUCAAAUCACAAUUCUCUAUACAUCCACAGAAUGUGAUGGUCUGGCCAAACAUUUCCCAAACUCUUGACGAUUGGGUUUAAAGCUUUUGAAACUGCAGAUGACCAGAGGUAACAUUUUUGAAUUCCCGAUGGUGAGGUCCAACAUUUCCACUCUCCUGAUGCCAAAAGACUUCUCAGCAAACAGGUGGGAAUCCAUCUCCCACCCCCCGAAUCUGCUUCUGAUUUUUAUAUCAAGAUAAAAAGCAAAUACAUUCUUCAGAUAUUAACUUCACUAUCAACACACCCAUCAUGCUUUAAACUAUAUCUUUUUAUUGUCAUAAUCAGUCAUAACACAGACAUUCUUCAUAUAAUAGAAGUUUAACUGUGGUCAUGUAAACAUUGUAUUCCUUGGUAAAUAAACCAUAGGAAACUUU